AUCGGGCUCCUCCUCGGCCGCCGUUGCGGGGCGCUCCGCGGCAGCAAGAUGGCGGCGCAACAGCAGGACCCUGAGGGUGGUGCGCAGCUGGCAGGGCCCGCGGCUGAGGCGGACCCACUGGGCCGUUAUACGUGUCCCGUGUGUUUAGAGGUGUACGAGAAGCCGGUUCGGGUGGUCUGCGGACACGUCUUUUGCUCUGCAUGCCUGCAGGAAUGUCUGAAGCCGAAGAAGCCUGUCUGUGGGGUGUGUCGUAGCCCUCUGGCACCUGGCGACCGAGCUGUGGAGCUCGAGCGGCAGAUUGAGAACACAGAGACUUCUUGCCAUGGCUGCCGUAAAAAUUUCUUCCUAUCCAAGAUCCGGGCCCACGUGGCUACCUGUUCCAAAUACCAGAAUUACAUCAUGGAAGGUGUGAAAGCCACCACCAAGGAUGCGUCCCUUCAGGCAAGGAAUGUCCCAAACCGUUACACCUUUCCUUGCCCUUACUGUCCUGAGAAGAACUUUGAUCAAGAAGGACUUGUGGAACACUGCAAGUUAGCCCAUAGCACGGAUACCAAAUCUGUGGUCUGUCCGAUAUGUGCCUCGAUGCCCUGGGGAGACCCCAACUACCGCAGCGCCAACUUCAUCGAGCAUAUCCAGCGCCGGCACCAGUUUUCUUACGACACUUUUGUGGACUACGACGUCGACGAAGAGGACAUGAUGAACCAGGUGCUGCAGCGCUCCAUCCUCGACCAGUGAGCAGGGCCUCCCUGUCCGCUCAUGUUCCAGCGCUUCCACGACAUUACGUGUGAAACUUGUGACUCAUACAUCUUAAAUACACAACAGACCUGGAAGUGAGCCGUGGUAUCUGGACAGGGUCACUUCUGAUAGGGAAACAAGUCCCCAGAGCCCUUCUUUCCUUUGGGCUCUUCCCCUGCUGUCCACUCUGUUUGUCACCUGUUUUGUCCUUUAGUGUUUCUCAGCCACUUUCUGAAGCAUUUGCUUCCUCUUCUGGAUGAGAACCCAGCUUCUCCACCUGUCCUGUGUCACACCUGUUCCUCCAUCCCAGUGUUCGUCUCUCAGGUCCUCUGAGCCAGCCGGGACCUUCUGGGUCAUGAAUAGCACAAAUGAGACCAGCAUCUCCUGUCCUUGUCCCUGAGGUGUGUGCUUCGGCAGAAGUGCCUCUGAUCAGUGGGGCUCCGCCUGUGCUGUGGGAGUUCCUGUCGGCUGGUCCUUGGCAGCGGCUGCCAGAAACUGCUUACCUCCCCGGCGACCUUUCCAAAGCCCUGUUGGGCUGGCUCUCCUGGGUUUAGUGUGGUCUGAUGCCGGAAGAUUAGAGGAGCGAUGUUUUCCUGUCACUCUUGCACACCCUUAGAAAACUGAUGCGGUCUUAACUGCCUGCACGGUGCCUUUUUAAGAUAAGGUGUAACCAUAUUUUUUAGUGGAAAUAGUGUUUCUAGAUUAGAAAAGUUAAACUGCGUUUCUCCAUAAGUGGGGAGGAGGGCCAGCUAAAAGAGGCGGGACGGCCGUAGUUUUUUGCUUCUGAUUUUCAAACUAGUGAGGUAUUUUCAGAUGACUGGGUCAAGUUUACCCCUCUAUGUGGGAGCCUGCUUGCAUUCUUGUCCUUGAGGCACGAAAAGGAGUCCUCAAGAAGGAAGAGGUUUGGGGGCCCCAGUGGAUACCAGUUUGUUUAUCCUUUAUUUUGUUACUUAGAUCAAACUGAGCAUUGCUUUUCUAUCAAAGAGAGAGGUUAUUAUAGGCAACCUAGUAUCUCAGUCCGCUGCCUCUUCUGACAAGACACUAUUCAAAAGGCACAAUACAUCUAUGAGCAAUUGUUAAUGGAAACUACUGGAAACUUGCUUUGAUAGCAGCUCAAGAAGCUUGAGGUUCAACAUGUUUCACGACAUUAAUAUUAACACAAGGCUAAGAGCUGGCAGUCUGAUAUGUGGGAGCAGAACCUAUGACCCACCAAAGGGCAUCUGGAUUUAGGUUUGCUCUUUCAUGUCAGACUUCUCUCGUCUGAAUAUGGAAAUAUUUUCUGGCCGGUGACCGAAGUUGCAGUUGACAGGGCUUUGGGGUGUGCACUGCUGCUGUGGCCUCUCCCGAGCAGCAGGGAAAACUGCAGAUCCCUAGUAACCAGCAAGGACAGGGCCCUUUGGGGCAAAACAAGUUUUUCGAACGUGCUGUUGCUUGGGAGGGCCCCGAUGUUAAGGUCAGCUUCUUCACUGUAAUUUUUGGAAAAAAGUUCACUCAGACCUCCCUGAAUUGAGAUCAUCUCGGCCUAAGUUUAAAGGGAAAUCGAACAGAAAUUUCAUUUGAGGGAACUGAUGAGAGCGUGCCCGUCUCACUGGUGGCACCAAGAAACCCAUUGCCUCAUGUUAAGUGCACUUCAUGUAUUUCUAAUAAGAUGACUUUCCAGAAAGUGAAAUUUGUUACGUUCUGGCUUUUAAAAGGCAAAAUAUAAAUAAAUUUCAUAAUUUAUCCAA